UUUUCAUCACACCAUCUUCAUCUCAACAACAGGUGCCAAAUCUGAAACUACACCUCUAUAGUCUUCAUAUUGUUAUUGUAGCUCCAAAAAAACAAGCUUUAAGAAGCUUCAUUCCUGAACUGGAAAGGUUAAAUACACGAAUUAGUCAAUAUUGGAAGGUUCCUCUACUCUUCAGGCCUCAAACCCGAGAGCAUGGCAUUCCUCCUGCAGCAGAUGUUGGGGGACAAACUGAAGAACAUGACCGGAGGAGCCGAGGAGGCAGAAGUGAAAGGGGACGGGAAGGAGACGGCGGCGUCUAAAGGGAUGAGCAGGGAAGAGUUUGAGGAGUAUCAGAAACAGCUCAUCGAGGAGAAGAUCACCAGGGACCAGGAGUUUGCUACAAAAAAAGCCGAGAGAGCAAACUUACGAGUGCAUCUGCGCGACAAAUACAGACUACCAGCGAGCGCACAGGACGACGCCACGGUCCAGAUGGCCGGAGAUGACCUGGACAUUCCCGAGGAACUGGCGAAGAUGGUGGACGAAGAGGAAGAGCAGGAGGAGAUCAACGACUCUUUCAUGGGGAAACUUCAGAACAUGGACGUGGACUUCGACUCGAUCAAGGCUAAAGCUCAGAGCACCAUGACCGAGGUCAAACAGGCCGCCGAAGACAAGUGUGUCGCCAUGUGACCCAUCCAUCAUCAACAAACAUGGAUGUGGAAGGAUUUCUACUUUGUUUUUUUCAUUCAAUGAUUAUUGAUUAAAAAAAAUUAUUAAUUUUUCUUUAAACACGUAAACGUUUAUGGCUAUGAUCUUUUGCUACACAACUUUUGUGUCAUACAGGUUUUCAUUAAAGGGAUAGUUCACCCCAAAAUGUAACCUCUGUCAGUAAUUACUCUCCCUCAUGUUGUUCAACCCCGU